AUGGCCUUCAAGCGAUUGGUUCGGUUCGCCAUUGGUGACCGUGUCUCCUUCGGCGAUCUACUCAGCGUCAAUGGCGGCACAUACAAUGUUAGAAGAUUGACUGGUGAUCCAUUCACUAAGUUACAGUCUACUGAUGAUAUCGUCCAAGUUGAGAAGCUUCUAUGCCCUAUAGAACGGACUCCGCUCAUCAUACUUGUUGGCCUGAAUUACCAGAGCCACGUAAAUGAAGCCAAGCUGAAUGUCCCAAAAUACCCUCCCAUCUUCGUCAAGCCAGCUGAUGCACUAGCUGGCCCCUUUGACACCAUUGACAUUCACCCCGACGCGCGUGAAAUGCUGGACUAUGAGGGAGAGCUGACCGUAGUUGUGGGACGAGACGCAAAGAACAUUUCGGAAGCGGACGCAUUAGACUAUGUCCUGGGCUAUACGGCCGGAAAUGAUCUGUCCGCACGGAAUUUCCAGCUCCCUGAAGCAUCCGGAAUGCAAUUUGGCUAUUCCAAAUCCUUUGAUCAGUUUGGUCCGAUUGGACAUACCAUCGUUGCGGCCAAUCCCCAGGAUCUCCGUCUGGUGACCCGGGUCAAUGGGGUGGUCAAGCAGCAGACCAGUACAAGCGAUAUGAUCUGGAGUGUUCGGCAGAUUGUCAGCCACCUUUCACGGGGUAUGACACUUCGCAAGGGAACAGUGAUCAUGACUGGUACUCCAGCUGGCGUCGGAUUCUUUACCAAGGAGUUUCUGAAGGCUGGAGACGUGGUGGAGGUGGAGAUAGAAGGCGUGGCAUCAGUCAAAAACGAGAUCCGCUACCCUUAG